AACUGAGGACCACAUAAGAAUGGGUGUGCCUAAGUUUUUUCGCUACAUGAGCGAAAGAUAUCCUUGCUUGUCCGAGCUGUUGCGUGAAAAUCAGGUGCCAGAAUUCGACAAUCUCUACCUGGACAUGAACGGUAUUAUCCACAACUGUUCACACCCGAACGAUGGCGACAUAAGCUUCCGGAUCCAGGAGGAUGCUAUAUUUGAGGCAAUAUUUCAAUAUGUCGAGUACCUAUUCAAAAUGAUUCGACCUCAAAAGGUGUUCUUUAUUGCCGUCGAUGGUGUGGCACCGCGGGCCAAAAUGAACCAACAGCGUGGUCGCCGUUUCCGCUCGGCCCAGGAAGCUACCGAACUGUUGGAAAGAGCAAAAGCAAACGGUGAUCCAAUCCCGUCAGGCAAUCCGUUUGAUAGCAAUUGUAUCACACCGGGGACCCCGUUUAUGGUGCGCCUGCAGCACGCUCUGGAACAUUUUGUUCAAGUUAAGAUAGCCACCGACCCCUUAUGGAAGGCGUGCACUGUCAUACUAAGCGGUCAUGAGACCCCAGGAGAAGGUGAGCAUAAAAUUAUGGAGUACAUUAGGCACGCGAAAGCUCAGCCCGGAUUUAACCCAAACUUGCGCCACUGUCUGUACGGUUUGGACGCCGACCUGAUAAUGCUGGGAUUAUGUACGCACGAGCGUUACUUCUCCUUGUUAAGAGAGGAAGUAAAAUUUGGAAAAAAUGACAAAAAAACGUCGAUUCUGCAGGACAUACGAUUCUAUCUGUUGCACUUGACGCUAUUGAGCGAGUAUCUGGAGCUGGAGUUUGCCAGUAUCCGCGACCGCCUAAAGUUCCCGUUCGACCUACACAAGCUUAUCGAUGAUUGGGUGCUGAUGGGCUACUUAGUUGGAAAUGAUUUCAUUCCUCAUAUACCACAUCUGCAUAUCAACGAAAACGCACUUCCUAUUUUGUACAGUGCGUACAAGGAUGUAUUGCCCGAGAUGGACGGAUACAUUAACGAGGGCGGGAUACUGAACUUGCCGCGGUUGCAGUUGUUGAUGAGACGGCUGGCGCGCUUUGAUCGGGAUAUGUUUCUCGAGCGCUACAUGGAGCUCAAGUAUUUCGAGGACAAAUGUGGUAAAAACAAUCUGGAAGCGUUUGAUGUGAAUACGGAUGAGAUUAUUGCCGAGCGAGCCAUGGACGAAGACUUGGCAGCGUUGAUCAUGGCUUCGGAGAUGUUGGAUUUCGAGGGGGAAGAUGAUGAAGAUAGGCCGGUCACACAGAAUGAUAUCGAGAACGACCCGGAACUGUUUGAGAAAGAGUUCCAGAGUUACAAGCGAAAUUAUUACGUGACAAAGAUGGGAUAUGCGGAUUUUACUGAGGAAGUUCGGGCGGAACAAACCGAAUGUUACAUUCGAGCACUCCAAUGGACCCUGCAUUAUUAUUAUCGGGGCGUUGUGUCGUGGUCAUGGUAUUACCCCCACCAUUACGCACCAUUCAUCAGCGAUGUGGACAACUUUGCAGAUCUAAAGCUAGAGUUUGAAAUGGCAAGUCCGUUCCUACCGUUUCAGCAGCUGCUCAGUGUGCUGCCAACGGCUAGCAUGCAACAUUUGCCACCGGCCUACCACGAUCUCAUGAUCGACCCGAACAGCUCGGUGUACGACUUUUAUCCGACAAAAUUCACCACCGAUCUGAACGGAAAGCAGCAAGCGUGGGAAGCGGUUGUGCUGAUUCCGUUCAUCGACGAAAAGCGUCUGCUAAAAGCAAUGAGUCCGUGCGAUGCGUUUCUCACGGACGAGGAGAAACAACGGAACGUACAUGGACCAAUGCUACAGUACCAGUACGAUAUCGAGCAAAGGCUCCCGCUGGAAGCAAAAUAUGGCUUUGCGCGUAUUGACGAAUUGCCAGUGAAGCGAAAAGAAAUAUGGCGCUAUAAACUACAUGUGUCGGAAGACAAGCUAGUGCUGGGACCGUCGAAGGGUGCUAUACUGCACGGUUAUGCGAAGGGUUUUCCAACAUUCACUCAUUUACCGCAUCAUGGCGAAUUGAAACAUGUGGGUGUUAAGAUUUUUAAUUUCGCUAGCAAGAACGAUAGUAUGGUAGUUGUGCUAGAUCCAGCACCGGCUGAUCAAUUGGACACAGCGCAACUGGCCAAGAAUUUGUUGGGCAAAGUCGUGCACGUAAGCUGGCCCCAUUUAAUGGAAGCGAUCGUAGUACGUGUGUCGGAUGCAUCGAAAACUUACGAGUGCAACAGCGAACCAUCCAAAAGCGAAGAGAGAUCGUUUCGGCUAUCCUGCCAUUCCAUCAAAGAGCACAAUAGCAGUCGUCUGGCAAUAGAUGUUGGGCCGAUCACGCAGUUGGUGCAUGUAAAAAUUGCUAUAGGUACGGAGUAUGUGCUACAGGACUAUGGGUUCGUCUUAAAAAAGCUGUGGAACAAUAUUGACAUGGCGUAUCCGGCGCAGACAAUUGUUCGUGAUUUGCAAGAUGUGAUGAAGAAUGAAAAGUCGUACGUGGACAUGCAGGAAAUGCUCCCAGUGGACUGUACGGUAUUCCUCCGGGCGACCGAAUUCUAUGGCAGCAUGGGUAACGUGGUCGAUUUUUCGCCCUCAACGAACCGUUUGCAGGCACGGUUUCUGGUCUACGACGAGCCCGAUUUAGGCCCUGCGUUUGACGUGCAUUGCCUAUCGUUGCGCGGCUACCGAAAUGUUGACGAUACGGCGGCAGCGACUGGCAUAUCGGUGGGACUAUUGUUGCAGCUGACGGGGUCGUUACUGGUUGCACCUGGCGGGCAUCGUGGCCUUAACGCAGGUGACAAAGCGGUUAAUAUCGGUCUGCGGCUACGUCUGAUGUCGAAGGAGGAAGAAACGGUCGGUUACUCUAAAAAGAUCAACAAAACGUGGUACUUUUCGGACAAAACUGUGGCGCUGAUCGAAAAGUACCUGGAGCAGUUUCCCUCGCUGCCGGAAAAGUUCCAUGCACUUGGCAGAACGAAGGUUUUCUUUGAGACAGAUUUAUUCGGCGAAGGAAACGAGGGUAAACUGAAGGAGCUGAACGAUUGGCUUAACACGCAAGACCAUGUGAACGCGGAACGACGCAGCUGCAGUAUUAUAGCGCUGGAACAGAAUGCCAUCGCAAAGUUAGUCGAACUUAUAGACGAACAUGAGGCCCUGCACCAACCCAAAGUGAAAACAAUGUUUGUCAAUCCGAAGGAAUUGUAUCGGCCCGGCAUGAAGCAGGCGAAAUUGAUUGAUCCGAGUACAAGGUUUGAACUACUCGAUCGUGUGAUCGUGGUACAGGAUAAGGAAGAUGUGCCGGUCGGAGCACGGGGUACCGUCAUUGGUAUGCACAGAGUAUCCGAUCCUAACCCGGUGCGCCGCGAAGCAAUCGGUCAGUGGGACGUUAAUUUAGAAAUAUUAUUUGACAAACCUUUUUACAAGGGCGUUGGAAUCGGCGGGAUAUCCAGGACGGAAAAGCGUAUAACGCGGCUUGUGCAGGGUGCCGUGUUGAACAUUUCAUGCGGAAAACAAUUUUUUGGAAACCGUUAUAAAGGGAGAGCGCAGGAGAGUAUCCGCAAUGAGGAGAAGUUGACAGCAGUACCAUCCACUACAAACGGAUCGUCCUAUAUUACCGGAAAGAUGGCUUCCAUUCAUCAACGAUUGCAUGAACGUAUCGGCAAAACUACCAACAAAGAUAGGAACAUUGAUCCAUCGGCUGUUGUUAGUGGGCAUCAGGGGUAUCAUAAUAUUAGCACUAAGCAGAAGGAAACGGAUACCAAACAGCCGCAAAAGGUCGAGUUUGAACGACUAUGGAAAAAGCUGAAGGAAUCGUCAAAGCAUUCUGGACCGUUGUUUGAUGAUAACGACAUUGAAAGCUUUGUUCAAUCGCCCCGCCAAUUCUCAGGUAAUCGCAAUGUCCGAGUGAGCACCGAACGAUCGGAUGAAAAGGCGUAUUUGAGUUGCAGAGUGAAACAUGACACGACGCCAAACAACGGUCCCAAGCAUGGCGAGCAGAAAAAUGUACCGAUGGAUAAAGUCUCUUUUAAUUGGAGUGAGAAACAUGACACGGAACCAAACAAUGGUUCUUGGCGUGUUGAGCAGAGGAGCGAAGACAAUAUGGCAGGGUAUUUGAAGCAAAUGCUUCGUAUCGACGAUAAAUCUGUCCAAAGCAAGAACGAAAUGUCAGCUUUUUCACCAUCUACUAUUGUCGUACCUGCACCCGCCAGCCUGCCGAAACCACCGAUUCAGUGGCAAACGAUGCCGACAUCGAAAAGUGCUUCCGCCAGCCUCAUACCCGAACAGCACUUAAUACAGAACGCACAGCCUGUCCAUACCGCAUUCGGCUUCAGACCUAUGAUGGGUCCUCCAGUUCAUUUUACGGCUCCCCAGCAACCGUCGAUGCCCAUGCAACCGGCUUUCGCUCCGGCGGGAUUGCGUAUGCGGAACGAAAACCAUCCGUUCGUUGGUUUUCAACCACCACCAUUCGCCCAACGUAUGCCCAUGCACUCUUCGGCGCCUUUUGCAAAUCGCGUGGAAAUGGGUAGGACACCUUACCAGCAACAAGAGCAGCAUUAUAGGCACCAACAACAGAACUCACCGCACCUGCAGCAGCAUCCCUCCACCUGGGGUCCAAAGGGUCCACAGCAUUUGACAAACAACGACAACAAUCCACCUGGGAAAGGAGCAUUUGUGCCUUUACAGGCAUUAAAAAAAAAAGCGGAAAGUAAAUCCAGUACCACUGUACAUAAUAGCAGCAAUAGUGAUAGAUUGACUGGGAACAACUAUGUGAAAGCUGCUGUCGCACAACCGGCUAGUAGUAACAACAGCGGCAGCUUCAACGAGAAAAAUGCUCGUCGAAGGCAGGAGGUAGAGCAAAAACAGGCAGAAGUGAAACAAGGAUUUGCAACCUUUCUUUCACAAAAAUCCGACACAAAACAGCUGAAGAAUAGACAGAACAGUGCUGCUGUUGGUAAAACUAAUGUGAAAUCUAGACCGAAAACUCGCAUCGCAGCACGAUUUGAUGAUAAAUGA